AUGGAGAACCCCUCCUGCCUCCUAUACGGUCCAGGUAGCAUCAGAUUCGAAAACCGGCCGAUGCCAGUAAUCGAAGAUGUCAACGAUGUGAUAAUCCGCAUCGCCUACGUCGGCGUCUGCGGAAGUGAUGUCCACUUCUGGCUCCACGGCGGCAUCAAAAAUCAUGUCUCAGCGACAAACCCGCUAGUAAUGGGUCACGAAGCCUCAGGUAUUGUAUACGCUGUCGGGCCUGCCGUGACAACCCUCAAACCAGGCGACGAGAUAGCCAUCGAGCCCGGCUUCGCCUGUCGCAGUUGCACACAAUGCAAGAGCGGCAAAUACAACCUCUGCCCGGAUAUGAAAUUUGCCGCGAGCCCACCGCAUACACACGGCACUCUGUCUAAAUUCUUCAAGGCUCCUGCCGAUUGCUGUUAUAAAAUUUCUGGCUCAGGGGCUCUGUUCGAUGGAAGACUUUGGCUGAGUGAGGCUGUGCUUAUUGAGCCGAUGGCUGUAGCUGUGCAUUCUGUGCGGCAGGUUGGUGUCAAGCCCGGGGAUAGGGUUAUUGUUUUUGGGGCCGGCACUGUGGGGCUUCUUUGUGCUGCUGUCGCGGUCGAGUUUGGAGCUAGUGUCGUCGUGUCUGUGGAUCUUAACAAGGACAAGUUGGGGUUUGCUGAGAACUGGAUGGUGCCGGGUCGGGCGCGGUUCUCGACUUAUCGUUCGCGUGAAUUAUGGACUCCGGAAAAGAAUGCCGCCGACAUGCAGAAGUUACUUCGGUCAUUGAGGAAGGAACCUGAUGCUGGGCUUGCCGGUUUUGAUGUUGCCAUUGAGGCUACGGGAGCUGAGUUGUGCAUCCAGACGGCUAUCCAUUCGCUUCGCGUUGGGGGCUCGUUUGUUCAGACUGGAUUGGGGAAUCGGAAUGUUAACUUUCCUAUUUCCACUGUCUCGGAAAACGAGAUUACUGUUAAGGGGUGCUUCCGGUAUGGCGCUGGGGACUUUAAGCUUGCAUUGGAGAUGGCGAUGUUGCGGAAUAUUGAUUUGAAGGCACUAAUCACGAAGUGCGUGUCUUUCGGGGACGUCGUUGAGGCCUGGGAGGCUACGAGGAGAGGUGAAGGGAUCAAGACUUUGAUUGAAGUUAACCUUUGA